AGCCUGGUGCCUUCAGUCAGAGCCGGGCAGGGGCCAAAGCGCUUGGAACAAGUGCGCUGGCGCCGGGCUCAGCGUCGGCGGCACCGGCGGAGGCGCGGAGUGGUUUCCUGCCCCCAGGCGAAAAGUUUGUAGCGAGCAAAUGGGCUCCGACGUGCGCGACCUCAACGCGCUUCUGCCGCCCUCGGUGCAGUCCCUGCCGGGCAACGGCAACUGCCCCAUGCCGGUGAGCAGCGCCGCGCAGUGGGCUCCAGUGCUGGACUUCCCGCCGGGCGCCUCCUACGGCUCACUAGCCCCGCAUUCGGCGUUCAUCAAGCAGGAGCCCAGCUGGAGCGCCUCGGAGCCGCUGGAGGAGCAGUGCCUGAGCGCCUUCACCGUCCAUUUCUCCGGUCAGUUCACCGGCACCGCAGGAGCCUGCCGCUAUGGCCCCUUCCCGCCGCCCCCGCCGCCCAGCCAGGCGCCCUCCAGCCAGGCUCGGAUGUUCCCCAACAGCCCCUACCUGUCCAACUGCCUGGAGAGCCAACAAGCCAUCCGCAAUCAAGGUUACGGCACAGUGGCGUUUGAUGGAACUCCAAGUUACGGACACACGCCCUCUCACCACGCAGCGCAGUUUGCAAACCAUGCCUUCAAACACGAGGACCCCAUCGGACAGCAGACGUCUCUAGGUGACCAGCAAUACUCGGUGCCUCCCCCAGUCUACGGUUGCCACACUCCCACGGACAGUUGCACGGGCAGCCAGGCUCUGCUCCUGAGGACCCCUUACAACAGCCAUUCUACAGGAUAUGAAAAUGAUAAUCAUGCGGGCCCUAUGUUAUAUAGUUGUGGGGCUCAAUAUAGAAUACAUACCCAUGGAGUCUUUAGAGGAAUACAGGAUGUGCGUCGAAUGCCUGGAGUAGCUUCUACGAUCGUUAGAUCAGCAAGUGAGACAAAUGAGAAACGGCCUUUCAUGUGUGUAUACCCGGGUUGUAACAAGCGAUACUUUAAAUUAUCUCACCUGCAGAUGCAUGGUAGAAAACACACUGGUGAAAAACCAUACCAAUGUGAUUUUAAGGACUGUGAGCGAAGAUUCUCUCGUUCAGAUCAACUCAAGCGCCACCAAAGACGACAUACAGGUGUGAAACCCUUCCAGUGUAAAACCUGCCAGAGAAAGUUCUCCAGAUCUGACCACUUGAAGACUCACACCAGGACUCAUACAGGUAAAACAAGUGAAAAGCCUUUCAGUUGUCGGUGGCCCAGUUGUCAAAAAAAAUUUGCUCGGUCUGAUGAAUUGGUCCGUCAUCAUAAUAUGCACAACAGGAACAUGACUAAACUUCAGCUUACUCUUUAGAUGUUUCACACUAUCUGUACAAAUCAGAUGGGACCCUAUGAACUACUGCAACCAUUGUCUCUCAGUUAUCGUCUUUAGGAAAUCUUUGGAUGUCUUUAUAAUGCAGUUGAGACAAGUUAACGAAACUGUAGGAUUCUGUUUGAUUCAGGUGUCUGCUUGAAAAAUUUGCUUCUUAUUCAAUACAUCAUGGUUUCAAAUUAUAAUGUUAUUACGUAAUUACAAGUUGACUAUGUUAUACCUUCAAUAUUACUAUAGACUCUAGUUAUGUAUAUUUGUUCUUUUCUUCAAAAGGUUUUGUAUUUCUUACUUUUACUUGAAAUUUGCAAGUGCAAGCUAGUGACAGUACUUAGUCAUACUCAUACAUAAUGAUGGGUAUGUAUGAAUGUCUCUUUAUGUAUACUAUGUGCUCACUGUGCACAUUGAGGUUUCCAUGUACGGCUGCAGUCCUAUACCAAUAUUGAAUCAAUUGUGGUAACUUUUGUACUGCUCAAGUAUAGUUUUAUAUUCUUCUGUGAAUCUUCCAUGCCAACAUUUUCAGCUAGCUGACUUGCAAUCUUCAGAACUGCUUUCUCAUUGGUUUGUGCAGUUCAUUUGAGGAUUUGAUACUCAUCCUGAUGUGCAUCUGAGCCCUGUAGUCCACACUGGGGUAAUCCUCACCUUAUGCUGUUCUUGCAAUUUUCUGUAGAAUUGCAGAGAGGGAGAUAAAGGAGCUGGUGCUACUGAUUUAAGUGCCUCCAAAUGUUCAAUGAACACAUAUAGCAGGGGAGCAGGAUCAUGCAUAAUGUCUCAGCCCUGACCUAUGUGUGUUCAGUUAAAGGUCUGUCUAGAGCCUAUGAAGGUACAAUUGUAGAGGUGUGUGGCUUUCUCCAUGCAACUGGAACCAUGGUUUUCUGAAUGCUUUGGGGUUGGGAUGUGCAGUGCACCAUGAACUUACUGCCACACAAGCAUUUAGAAUACAGUCUGAAGAUCUGAAAGUGUGUGUAGUCUGCUGACAAUUAUAACAGUAUAGGAAGGGCUACAAUCUUUUAAUGAAAAAUUUAGGUGCUAGUGAGAUAUUCCUGGAACCAGUUUGGAUGAAGGAGACCUGACUACACCAUUGAGACAAGAGUUUAGUUUCUCAUUGGUGCAUUCUAGUCUGUCCUCCCUUUUGCUCUGACACCUUCUUUUUAGGCAAUGCCAGCUGAAAAGUGCUUCUUCUUGUCAAGAUUCCAGUCACCAAAGAAAAAGCUGAGAGACAGAGGUGAAGCAGUAGGUGAGUGAUGCCAUGGUGGGGGCCGGGUGCCUGCAUUCACUGCCCACUGGUGCAACCACCACCUGAGGGAGGCACUUCAUGUGGCUUCAUGAGGGAUCCACUCCUGAUUAGCAGGACAAUAUCUGGCCCUCUAGUUUUUUUGCUUUGCUGCCAUAAAAAGUACCAUGCACAUAGAUGGUGCUAUAUAAAUUGAUAUUAUUAUUGUUAAUAAUAAUAACAAUGAUAAAGUGGCAACAGCUAAAAGUGUAGAUGUGUUGCAGUCUUCUAAGGUGGUUGAAAUAAUGCAUAGAACUCCUCCCCCCACCCCCAUGGGUGAAUAUGAGAGCAAAACUCAAAGUGCACACAAUCUGUAAGAUUACCAGCAUUUGAUUACUAAUCCUGAGAGCUGGUAAAAUCAGAUAAACCAAUAUUUUUCCAUGCAGUACUGAAAAUAAGAAUCUUACAUUGAAGUUAACUUGUUUCUACCACAGCAUUAAUGUAAAGAAACUAUAAUGUGUUGUUUUUGUUUUGUAUUUUGAAAGUGGUUUAAAUUUAUUCCACUGAGACACAGGUCCUCACACAAAGUUAAGUCAGUAUCAUUGCAGAUGUUUAGGAUUUGUUUAACGUGCAGCCAUGCUGGUUAUGUGGCUAGCAAGUUGUAUAAAAUAAAAUUAAAGCUGAACUUAAGAAGAGGCUGGUCCAGAAUUACCAUUAACAUAUGGCUCUUAAGCUAAACAAAUGGCUCUUAAGUGACUUGAACAUCUCCUCAUUUACAGUUAUGUGUACAAAAAGAUGCCCAACAUGAGGAAAUAUUUUAUUUCAGGGUUUAGGGUUUUAUUAUUUGUCAUUAAUUGCUUGAAGUGGUGUAUAUAUCUCUCUUUAUAUAUAUCUAAUAAUGUAUUGCUCUCAAACAAUUAAUAUUAGAAAGUAAAUAAACAUUAGAUGCAUCACAGUUCAGUUGUUGCUACAAGCUAUUGAAUACCACAAAGAAUGUAACCUGCAUUUUUCACUGAACUUUCAAUUAAAGCCCAUUUAAAGAGAAACAAACAA